CCGCUUCCGGUGACGCGAGCGCUUUCAUUUCUUCGGCUGCGGUGACUAAGAUGGAAGCGUUUUGGGAGUCACGGGCUGGCCACUGGGCCGGGGGUCCUGCUCCGGGGCAGUUUUACCGGGUCCCGUCCACUCCCUGCGCCCUCAUGGAUCCGGCGUCCGCGCUUUGCCAGGGUCCGAUCACCCGGACCCAGAACCCCAUGGUGACUGGGACGUCGGUCCUCGGCGUGAAGUUCGACGGCGGAGUGGUUAUUGCUGCAGACAUGCUGGGCUCCUACGGCUCCCUGGCUCGUUUCCGCAACAUCUCUCGUAUUAUGCGAGUCAACGACAGCACCAUGCUGGGGGCUUCGGGAGACUACGCUGACUUCCAGUAUCUGAAGCAAGUUCUCGGCCAGAUGGUGAUUGAUGAAGAGCUGUUGGGAGAUGGACACAGCUAUAGCCCUAGAGCUAUUCACUCAUGGUUGACAAGGGCCAUGUACAGCCGCCGCUCCAAGAUGAAUCCUCUGUGGAACACCAUGGUCAUUGGAGGCUAUGCUGAUGGAGAAAGCUUCCUCGGUUAUGUGGACAUGCUUGGUGUAGCUUAUGAAGCCCCGUCACUAGCCACUGGUUAUGGUGCGUACUUGGCUCAGCCUCUACUUCGAGAAGUUCUAGAGAAACAACCAGUGCUGAGUCAGACUGAGGCCCGAGAACUCGUGGAACGCUGCAUGCGAGUGCUGUACUACAGAGAUGCCCGUUCAUACAACCGGUUUCAAAUUGCCACCGUAACUGAAAAAGGUGUCGAGAUAGAAGGACCACUCUCAGCGGAGACCAACUGGGACAUUGCCCACAUGAUCAGUGGCUUUGAAUGAAAUACAGAAGAACUGUCUGGAGCUGAAGCUAUACCCUUCUAUAUUUGAAUUAGUUGGCUGAAAGGUAGACUUUUGUAAAAUAAAUCAGUCUUUGAAGUGUU